AUGCAUCUUGAUGGUGCACAUGAAGAGGCUGGCCAUGUAGUACAGCCAAAUGCUGCUGUACCCGUUUCUGAGCCUUUACAAUCGAAAGUGACCGGGAUGUCAUACAGUCCCCCAACGUCUGAUGAUGAGGAAGUCGACCAGCUGAGCGAGGAUAAGCCAAAGUCAGGCCCAGUUAACACAGGCUAUUCGCAAUUCCAAUUUAUGCCAGGGAACACCACUUCUCGUACCUACAAAACGGUCUUUUAUCCCGGUGACGACAAGGCUCUUCCCAGCACAUCUUGGAAUACAUGUGCGAUGCUUGCCCUCACAGAUCCAGACCAUUCUACUGUGUAUGCUGACAUCAGAAGGAUGCAACAACUUGAAAAAGAUUCACUUACCGCAAUCCCUCGCGCGUCUGAAUUCCACUUCUUUUACGACUCUUCUAUGUCAGAUAUAGUUCAUAAUUCUCCGUACCCGAAAUCCUUGUUGUUCUCGAACAACCCCUUCCUCGAUGCACACAUCGUCGAAAUCCAAGAGGUCUCAUUCCCUGGCAAUUCUGUUUUGGAGACGCACGGUCCUAUUCCAGCAUUCACUUCAACUAGCCCUACUGCCAUGGAUGAAGUCAUUUCCACCACCUCCGAGCUCGAUUCCCUCACUGAGGAUUCUGAGUCCUGUGUAUACAGGAUUUGGUCUGCAACCUGA